UCGUCAAAUGUACCCCACAAGCUCACGGCGAUGACAAAAAGCUUAACGCCUUCAGAACCAACAGCCGACAAAAACGUAAUCCAUACAUCCCUCAUCAUCCUCGAUUUUCGCAACGCGUUAAUCUGUUUCACAAUUUUUCUCUCGCGACUGGUAAUAUUCACGUCUCAACCGUGGAAUUAUCUAUGUCCAACUGUAAACGUUGUACUGCAUUUAACUUCCAAUUUUAUUUACGUGGCAUACUUGUUGAUAAGAAAGCCUUUAAAGUGAAAAAUACACUCGCGAAACAAAAUUUCCCCGAGUUGAAGGGAAUUCCUGUCGGGCUCGUUCCGAUAAUAUUUAAUAUUUUACGCCAACAAGAAAUACGUUCACAGGAAUGUAUUUUACACACGUACAUAUUUUCGAACAAGAACGUGCCUUCGGCGCAUUGAAUAUUUCUCGACACAUCCUAUAGACUGGCAGGGCGUUGAGUUCUUAUUGCACGGACCUUGAAGGUCUCUCGCGAAGAGAUCGCGGAAACGCUCUCCUAUAUAAGCAUGCGUAGAUCCGCGUGCGUGCAGAUCAGUCCCAGGUUCUGAUCCAAAAGUAGUGAAAACCUAUCGUGAUGUUUAAGCUGGUGGUUAUUUCCGUCUUGGCGAGCAUCGCCGCGGUGCAAUGUGGAACCAUUCUCACGCCCGUUGUCGGCAAGCUCGUCUCCGAGAAGGUCGUCGAGGCGCACGGCAGCAACGUGGUGCAUCCGUCGCCGCUGGUGGCCGCGGUCUCGCCCGCGCUGUUGAGAUACGCGGACGUCGCGCUGGUGCAGCAGCCGAUCGCCGAGAUCGUGCAGCCGGUGGCGAAGGCCUCCCUGGUCGCCGAGAAAACGAUCGAGGCCCACGGACACCAAGUGAUCCACGACGCGCGUCCAUUGGUCGCGGCGGCGAAACCGCUGGCCGUCGAGUCGCACGUCGCGGUGCCCACGCUCGCCGCUCACGAAAUACCGUACGCCUCGCCGAUCUACUACUCGGCGUAUCCUCAUCAGUUAGUCGCCGAGAAGACCGUGUCCAGUUACGGGCAUAGCGUUCAACACGCGUAAUAAUCGCCGGGCGAAGUAUCAAACGACUGACUCUAAGGAGCACGCGUGGAUUUACGGAACCAAAUUUCGAGUAUCGCGCGAUUGCGUUGAUACUUGAAUCAAAUUGAACGCGCGACUUCAAUUGAGAAUGUCUUAUUACAACAAAAUUAAUCUGUCUUUGAACGGAAAGUAGAAAUUCUUCUCUGUUCUCGUGAGCUUUAUGAAUUUGAAGAGACUGUCGAUCUACGCUGCGCUCGUUAGGGUUCUAGGAUCAUCCUUUACAUCAACCUUUGCUCGCUACAGUUCAUCCGAAAUCAUUCUCGAUUAUUUUCGCAGCGACGUUGUUCUCAUAGAUCGCCCUAAGAACUAUCCCGAGUUCGGGAACCAUGUCGUCGCGUGACUCGACAAACGGGUUGAAACUGGCAGUCUUUGGCCUGGGAAAGAGGCCGAUCAAUCGCGUUUGUCAACAUUUGUACUAAACCAAAAUAUUGUAUUCAACGUACUCGACUCGCUGUAAAUUCCUCAAUAAAUUUUCACGCAUUUCC